GUGACGUUUUACACACGACACCAUUUUGAUGGUAAACGGUAGCCGUUCUCGCAUAUUUUGCCCAAUAUUUGUUGGCUAGAUCACGAUAUUUAAGCAAAAUUAGAGAGAGGCAAGAUGGUUCGUCCAGUGAAAAGACGCAACUCCUCUGUAAUGUACACCAAAUACCUCAUUGAGGCAAUCAAGUAUAUCAGGUAUCAGAAGCAAAUUCCAAACAUCGAGAGAAUUUCUCGGUACAUGAACCGUGAGUAUGGAUUAGCUGAUAACUUCACAGAGAAACAUCUUCAUUAUGCCGUCAAAGACAAUAUCAUCCACUCCUACAUGGCAGUCGGGAAAAAGGGAAGCAUGACGGGAGUAGAACAGGAGGGGUUCAAGAUCCCAGAGGACGAGGAGGAUAUGAGAGGGGACCAUGAUUGGUAUUGUUUGGAGUGCCAUACCGCUGGGGAUGUCCUGCCCUGCUCAGAUUGUUGGCGGGUGUUCCACCCCAGUUGUACUAUGGAGGAGUGGACAGGACCUAAAUUCACCUGCAGCAUCUGCAAGGCAGCUCGACAGAAGAAGAAAAUCAAGAGGCGACUGCUGAAUAUUCUUCUGGGUUACACCAUACAGAGAAUGAAGGAGAAGACUAAAGAACUCCAUAAGAUUGGUCACAGAGAGCAGGAGAAGAAAUUUGAAAAGUUCUUUGUGUAUAAGAGGAUGGACCUUAAUCACAUAGAGAUGAGAGUAGAUCAUCAGAAAUACAAAACUCUAGAGGAGUUCCUAGCAGACGUUCAACUCAUCUAUCACAAUGUGUAUCUUAUGUAUGGAGAGGAAAAGAAAGGGAUGUUAGACUUGGCUCAAAUACUGGUCAGAGACUGUAAAUAUGAUAUAGACGAGGUGAGGCAGUGCCAAAACUGUUAUUAUAUGUCCAAUGCCAAGCCCAAGGACUGGUUCUGUCAACCCUGUAAUCCUCCACAUGAACUAGUGUAUGCGAAGUUAAAGGGCUACUGCCAUUGGCCGGCCAAGGUGAUACGAUACGUAGCAGAUAAAUAUGAUUGCAGGUUUUUUGGUGCCCCUCAUCAAAGAGCACUCAUUCCUAAGGACAUGAUAAAACCAAUAGACAUCAACAUCAAAACAUUGACAGUGAAAAGAUCAUCCGGUUUUGUGAAAGCUUGUGAAGAACUGGCAAGACAUCAGAAGUUGCUGGCGGAAAAGCGAUUAACAGAUGAGACUUCGGACUCGGAGAGUCCUGGAGAAAGUGAGAAUGGACCAGAGAGAAUGGAAGAGGAGGAAGAAGAGGAGGAUACUAGUCCUCUGGAAGUAAGCUCCACCAGCGUCAGUCCAAUGAAGAAACGGAUCUGUCUCAAGGCCCCAACACCAGAGGAUAGUAACUUGGUGACCUCUAGUGAGGACAAAGUUUCCAAAGUAAUAACCCUGAAUGCCUCCAGCCAGACCAUCUCCAAGCUAACCAAAAGUCAGAGUAUUCAAACCGACCAAGAAACAAAACCAGACUCAACCGAUUCCAAAGCAGAACCAGCUCUACAGAUGCAGUGCAGUCCUGAUGCUUCUGAUGCCAAGAGUGGAGACGAGGAGGCCCCCCUGCUGACCCCCAGUAUUGAGGCCAACGGAGGGAAAUCAGCAGAGAUUGCAUGUAACUGUAGUGAGAAAUAUGAAAAGGAAAUAAGUGACCUCAAAGCCAAGUUGGAGAAUAGCCAUCAGGAUGAUAAAGAAAAGGCUCUAGAAGAACUCUCUGAUCGGCUCCAAAAAGACUUUGAGGAGGACAAGCAGCAAGCAGUCUCACGGGCAAUGGCAAACAUGAACCGUGAAAUUGAACGCACAAAGCAGUCAACCGAGGAGAAGUGUAAGAAGGAGUAUAUGGAGGAAAUGAAGAAACUGGCAGCUAAACACAAAGAUGCAAUAUCAGCAACCAAGAGAAAACAGUGGUGCUACAAUUGUGAAGAAGAGGCGAUGUAUCAUUGUUGUUGGAACACGUCGUACUGUUCUGUUAAAUGUCAGCAAGAGCAUUGGCAUAAAGAGCAUAAGCGUGUUUGUCGACGAAAACGGUAGCCAUCGGAGAAAAUCAUUCGCCAGUCCAAAGAGAAGUUCACAGUUUCACGAAAACAUCAAGUAACAUGUAUAUGUAGCUUGUGGAUGUUGUGCAUUCAUAAGUCAUGCAGAAACCAUUGCUAGGAGUGUCAGGAACCACUGAAGACCUGUCAGCAUCAGACUUGACUUUGUCCACCAGUCACUAUUAUAUUUAGUAGUCAUCUUAUUGACAUGCACAGUGGAACUUGUCAAACAAGACAACUGUGCAGUCCCAAACUUUGUUUCAUUCGUGCAUAGAUGUACAUUUCUACACCAAACUUGAAUUCUUGUUGUCGCAAUGAUUAAAUGUGUAUGGAUUUUGCAUGGAUGUUCUUGGAAAUAAACUAUAUGUGUAGUUUUCUAUCUCAUAGCCAUGGUGAUGGUAAGCAUUCUAUGAACUCUCAAUAUCUAAAUAUCUAAGAGUUCAGGUUGACAAGUUUUUGUAAAAAAAAAUUUAGACAAAGCUUUACCACAAUUGAAGUUUUUAGAUACAUUUAUUUACAAACAGAGUGAAUUUUAAGCCAGUUUGGCUGUUUUUGUUGGAGAUCUGCUUUUUGUGAGAGCUAAUUUAAGAUUGAUAAUUUGUUUGUUGCAUUGUAUAUAAAGACUGUAGAAUGAGUAUGUAGUAGAAGGCUUAGAUAUUCAAAAUGAAAAUGACUUCCACAUUGUCACUGCAGCUGAGCGGGAAUAUGCCGUAUAGCUGGGUUUUUUCUUUGGUGAUUUUUUUUUAGCUCAGACGUAUAGAAAUGAUUUUAGUGGAAUAUAUUUUCCUGGGCAUGGAGUUCAAAAACAUGAAACUCAAUAAGCAGUGUAUUACUAUGUUUUACUGUUGUCAUAAACAACUUGUAUUAGAUGUACCUCCCAAGUUGAAGACUACUUCAUACGUCUGCUAUACAGAGUUAUCUUUCUUGCUAAAAUAUAUAUUGUGAUUGCAGACACAUGUAGAUGCAAAUUUAGUUCUUUAAAAAUUUGACAAACCACUGAAAUAAACCAAAAUUAAUACCCCACGGAAAAAACCGCUAUACAGCUCAUGUACAUCAAGAUUUGAUAUUUACAAUGAGCAUCAAACUUCAUUUUCUUCUCUUGUAAGUUCCAAAUUCAUGUACAUGCAAUGGGACUGAAUGUAUUAUUACAUGUUGAAACCUACAGACGAGGCUGUACUUUACAGUGGUCUUGUUGAUUUAGGGAUGGAAACCAUUCCAACAGCAUUCGAUGUAGGCCAACAACUAAAUCAACUAUUAACCAAAAAAAUACUGGUCUUAAAAUUCUGUUUGUUUCUCUGUUUAUCACAGUCCUCUUCUGGGGUCACUAAAUGGACUGGAACUUUCUUGUAGAUAUUUUGAUUUACUGGUACCUAUAACAAACACUUUCUGUUAAGUUUGAAUAGUUUUGUAUUCUGAUUUCCCAGUAUGAAAAUAUUACUCCGAACAUGUAAAUGUUGUGUAAAUAUAGAUUUUAAAUUGAUUUACAUAGAUUUCAACCUUAUAUCAAUAAAGAUAUUUUAGAUUGUAUUUUAUGUGGGUUAGAUAGUGCUGGGUAUAAAACAAUAGAAAUCCAAUUGAUAUGGUUACUGAGGCCUGACUGUAAAGUUAAUAAUGUACGCAUUACGAUGACAAGAAACUAAAUGGCAACAUGGUUUUAAAAUGAUUUUUUAUUUGCUUUUUAUGAACAUUUUUGCUGUAGCAUGAUCGACAUAAAACCCUAUCACCUUCAUUUUCUGCUUUAUUUGUCAAUGUGUCUGUAAUGUUCCGAUCUGGUGAACAUUUAUGUUUGUUAACUUGAGGAGUGCACCCAAUUACAUGGAUUGUGUACCUAGAAAAUCUUGUUCAGAUUUGUUUUUUGUGAGAUUGGCUCAAGAAUAGAUUUAUUUUUUUAUAUAAAAAUUUCAUGAAUAUUCAGGAUAUUGAUAAUUCUCCAAGGAUUCAUGUAAACUAUUUCAGUCAAUUCAAUAGACAUUAAAAUAAUUAUAAUAAAAAAUAAACAAAAUGAUCUACUGUGGAGCAGUAAUAACCAGGGUUUAAUGAGCUACUAAAGUCAGUGAAUCCAGGUGUAUUCAGAAGUAUACAAUUGUAUCCGCCGCAGCGCGUGAUGGUCUCAAAAUGAUUUAGAGCAAUAUUUUUUCUAUAGCUAAGUGUAGAUAUUUCUGUGUGUAAGAAACUGUACUUCAGAUGUUGCUGCUCCGCUUGAUAUGUUAUAACGCUGUUGUGUGCAUUACGAUAUUGAUUUUAUGAUUACAUACAUGUAGAUGUAAAUAAUUGUACGUAGUCCUACUAUUUUGUCCUCUUUUUUUUAUUUCUGAAGUAUGAAAUAUCCUCUUUCUCCCUUGUCAGAGUAAUAUAAGUACUGUAAAAGUAAUAUAAGUAAGUAAAAGUGGUUAUUCACAUGUGGGAGAAAUUUACACUUAUUACGUGGUCAUGUGAUAAACGCGUAAAUUUACCCCGCACGUAUAAUUAUAAACAUUUGAUAUGAUAUACAUGUAUAUUCAGUUACUGCGUAUUUUCUCCCCACGCGUAAUGUUGGACGUGGGGGGAAAUGCGUCCUUAACUCCCAGCGUUAAUAAUCACUUUUACAAUUGUAGCUUGGAAAUAAAAUUUCGUUAUUUAUUUUUUUGUAUGAUAUAUGAUUACGAUGAAUAGUUACUUAUUCCAUGCAUAUUAUGAUAGGCAUGUAGUAUUUACUUUAAUAGUAUAUUUAUAAUAUCAUAUUGCCAGAAUGAAAAACACACACGUGACUCUGAUUUCAGAGCUCAUUGCAGUGUCUUAUGAAGUUGAACGCUGAAGUUACAAGGAAACAGCGAAUGCAAUUAUGAUACAGCAAUAGUCAUGUUUUUAUAAAAUGUUUACACUGAAAACUGUUUCAUUUUUAUGUUGAAUAGGAUAUCUUGCACAUUGCUAGCAAAGUUUGUAAGAAAGUUCUGUCUUGCAGCUAGCUGGUUAAGGGCAUCCCCCCUCCCUCGUUGAAAUCCUGAAAAGUGAAUUUCUCAUUGGUAAUAUUGUAAGGACUUCAAAGUGUUAGGAAUGAGUUUGCUUGCUACAUGUCCUAAAAAGCAGGGACUAUGGUUUUCUUUUUUUUUUUCUUACGGGUGUGUUAGUUGAAGCAGCUGGUAUAAGAAAUCUUAUACCAUUUUAUAUUUGUAAUUUAAUAGUUUUUUUUAGAAUGUAUAUAUAUACAUAAUUAUAUGUAUAUAUAUAUAUAUAUAUAUAUAUAUAUACCUGAAUGUAAAAUUAGCUCCCAUUAAGUUCGGAAUCCGUACUAAAUAAACUGGUCUUUGUGAGCAAAUUUUGAGUGGUGCCAGUAAAACUAGUCAUUGUCGGCAAAUCUCGGCAUCAAAUGUGUUCUGUUGGAUAUAGAUUGAAGAAAUUUACCAGUAAAAUAAAAUAGAACAUGCAUCAUGUAUUUCUUGCAUGUGGUAGGGAAAAAAAAGAUAGUAUACUAACAUUAUACUUCUUAAUUAUUUAAAAGAUAGCAUGCACUAUAACUUAAUUCCUGUGAAAUUUGUUUCAUGUAGGUUUCAUGCUCAAACAAUAACUUGCAUGUGUGGAGUGAGAAAUUUUUCCAAGGAGGAAUCUAGCCUUGAUGAGUUUGUAGUUUUUCACACAUUGAAUUGCACUAAAGUAGGCACAUGUACUAAUAUAUUAUCAUCACAUAAUAUUUACAAUUUCAUUGUUUUUGUCUUUGAUAUCUUUACCAGCUGCGAUGAUCGCCAUUUCCUCAUGAAUGCUAUGUAGUUGUGAACAAUGCGCGUAUGAAUCUUAAUAAAUAUACAACAUAGUACAUCUAUUUUAACGGCUGGGAAUAUUCCAACAAAAUUGAAGGUAGAAUGUAAAUAUAAAAAAUGAAUUUCAUCUUUGAAGUACAUGAAGGUAUGAACUAGCAUGCUUCUUGGAAGUGUGCCGGCGUGAAGUGUAACAGUUCAUACCCUCAUGAAUAUUCAUAAAUUAGGUGUUCAUUACCAUAAAUACUAGCCCCCAGUCCCACUCAUUACUUGGGUGUGCAUUUUUCAGUAAAGUGUAUGUUCUCAGACUGACAGAUUUUUUUGCAAAGUGCAGUUAAGGUCAUUAGUUAAUUUUUUAUUAUAUUUUUUUUGGUGCCCAGUGACUUUUUACUUUUAGUUAUUUUAUACUUGCUUUGUAUUUCUCAUUCAAUCAUAUACAUACAAGUAGGUACGUACUUCAAAUUGAAAACAAAAAUUAACAAUUUAUUUCGCUCGCAUAUAAUCAUGUGAAGUGGGUCAAUUUUCCCAGGAUCAUGCAUAUAUGAUUUGGUUUUCUUUAUCGUUUUGUUUUGAUACAAGUGGAUUGAUUUUAUAUGUGAUGAGGGUCUCAUUAUACCCCAGAAAUUUGAAAUUCUUAGAGACUGGAAAUUUUUUUCAUACUUAAAUUCUUCGUGACAAAACAUUUACGACCAGUUUUACACCAUUUCUAGUUUGAUGUUGGAAAUACAUGUAUCAGUUUUUGCAUUUUGAUUGGGAACAUCACUUAUGGUGCACCCAGUGUAAAAAGUACACUAUAAGAACACUGCUUAUAUUUCUACAAGUGAUUUACUAUACACACACACUCUCUUAAUAUAAACUGCACUUUUCAAAGUUCAUAAAUCUAGGGGGUUUUAUGUUGGCAUCACUAAUGAAUGUCAUCAAUGUCAAUAUCCACGACUUUUUGAAUUAAACAUUAAUUUCAUAGGUUAGUAUAUUUUGCCCUACCUAGUUGUUUUAACUGUGUAUUAAUCAGAUUUUAAUUUGUACAUUACUUUAGAAGAUAGUGUUUAACUGCAUUAAAAAUUUGAACACAUUUGUAUGUGGUUUGCUCUGUUGAUAUUACCGGUUAUGUUAUUUAAGAAAUUCACCUGUCUUUUAUCUCUGGGUAUAUAAUGUUUGUUAGGCGCGAUGUUGUACAACAAGAAAUGUACAGGCCAUUCAUAUAACCUGUUUACAUUUUAUAUUUCACGUUUUCAUGAUCAUAUUAGAUGAAAUAUAUUCAUAAUUAUGAAUUAACCAUUGUAUUUAAAUGAUGACAUGCAGAAUAAAUAUUUUAAAAAUA